GGAGGGCUCACUUGUCAAGAAUGCCUUAGAAGAGUUGUGAAAACAGCCAGCCCGAGAAGGGGAGUCCUGCAGUUGUAGAUGCAGCUCUCCCGUUGAGCCACAGGCCAGUCAGAUCAGUCAGGGAGAGAGGGUGUGUGCGUGCGUGUGUGUGUGUCUGUGUGUGUGUGAGUCCAAGACAGGCAAGGGGGAAAAGUGUGUCAGCACCAGAGGCUCUGAGAGACGUCACACACUCCCAGGCAGAGAGGGAAACACGCUGUCACGAGGAAGGUGUCUAUCCUCACGCAUUUCUGGACUGUGGACGAGAGAGCAGCCUCUGACAGAAGUCAGCAUUCCAGCGGUGGAUGCAGGGAAACCAUGAUGAGCAUUUAGUCAGCUGAACUGGAUGUUUCUCUGAAAGAUACAAACUUCCAGCUCACGUUCCUCAUCCAGGGAGAGACUUGCAAUAAGACUAUAGUCAAGAGUGUGUGAAGUGUUUGUUUUUUUGCAUUAGGAUGGAUCAGCCAGCCAGCAGCUGCAUGCGGAGCGCCCACCCCAGCAGCCCCAUCUGGGGCUGCAUGAGGAACCCUCACCCAGGUACCAAUCUGCAGUUGCCCUACCAACAGGGCCCUUUCUCCCUGCACCAGAAGCCUGAGUUCCUGGCCUACACAGACUUCUCCAGCUCCUGCCUGGUGCCAACCGCACCACACGCAGCCUAUCCCCGUGAUGACAGACUGUACCAAGAGAGCCAAGGAGGUUACCAGAGAGCUGAGUGGCAGUUCAACCCCUGCGAGACUCGGGUGAGAGCAUCAGAGGCCUGCCCGCCUGUCGUCACCCCCGCAGCAAUGGGUGGCAGUGGGAGCGGAGGGCCCGAGCUGGACAGUGCAGGGGGAGAGAGGCUGCCAGGUGCUGUGCCCGGGUGCAUAGAGGGAGAAUACUCACCUCAAAGCGUGGCUUCGGCCGACUCAGACAAGAAGAGCUCCAAUAAGAGGAAGAGAGACGUGACAGACAUCCAGGAGUCCGGUUUUAAGGUGGAUUCCAGCUGCAAGGCGCGGAAGGAGCGCACAGCAUUCACCAAGGAGCAGCUGAGAGAGCUGGAGGCCGAGUUCACCCACCACAACUACCUGACCAGGCUCCGCCGCUACGAGAUCGCCGUCAACCUGGACCUAACAGAGAGACAGGUGAAAGUCUGGUUUCAGAACAGGAGGAUGAAGUGGAAGAGAGUGAAAGGAGGACAGUCGGCUUCGCCAAAUGACCUGGAAAAUGACGACAUAGACUCCGCCGCGUCGCCGAGCUCUGAAUGAAAAAGCCUCGGUCGGUCGGCAUCGUCAUCAUCAUCAUCAUCAUCAUCAUCAUCAGAAAGGAGGAGAUGCUAAAAUCACCUUGUGACGCAGAGAGACUGGGGUCUCGUGGACACUAAUGCAGCACAAUACAAGUUUGAAAAGCUGCAAAAAUCUAAUAAUUAUUCAGACUUAUUAUUAUUAUUAUUAUUAUUAUUAUUAUUCCCAGGAAGAAAUCACUGAGCAUCUCCUUUGCUGAAUUUUGUUGUAAAUAGUUGAAUUUUGUCAAUAAUGAACUGUGUUUUGAUACACUAACGAUAUAAAUACAAGUUUCUGAGGCCACCACGUGUUGCAGCGGUGAUAAUUACGGUCAUUGUAGAUCAGUGACAAAGCCGUAUGUUGGCUUCAAGACCCGUGAUGUCUUAUCAGACCGUGAUGUGAUUGUGUUUGAGUGCAUCUCCUUUGGUUCCAAUAUUGUAAUUAUGCCAUUUGAUGCUUGACUGCAACCACCUGGGAAAAUUCAGACUGUACAAGGUUUGCCAAGCCAUAAGUGCCUGCGAAUCUUUCAUUUUGUCAGUUUCUUUUCCUAGAAUAUUGUUAUUUUUCUGUCAAGCAUUUUUACUCUUCUUUUUUUUUUUAUACAUGUUGAAUGUUGUUGAUUAAAUACAGAUGUUACUGCAAACAGAAUAAAUGAUCUGCUGCAAAAUGUGUAAAA